GCACAGAGGCUGCUGGCGCAUCGGAGACCACAGAAAUCCUUCUUUGAGACACUCAUCAGGAGCCUGAUCAUCCUGUGCGUGGCGAUAGCGGUGGUCUUGUCGUCCAUCUCUGUUUGCGAUGGCCGCUGGCUCUUCGCGAGGGGGCAGCUCUUCGGACUGUGGCACUUCUGCACCGUGAGCAACGGCAGCGUCCUGAAGUGUGUCACUGACCUCAGCCUGGCCAAGGUGGAAGGGCUGAGUGUGGGGGUGAUUCCCAUAAGAAGCAUGGUGUCCUUCGCUGUUGUGGUUGCCAUAUUUGGACUGGAGCUGCUGAUGGUGUCCCAAGUCUGUGAGGAUGCCAACGCAAGGCGGAAGUGGUCGAUGGGCUCGGUUCUCAUCCUCGGUUCGUUUUUGCUGUCGGCCACUGGAGUUCUGAGCUUCUCCAUCCUCGUGAAGGAUCACCUCACCUUCACGGGCUUCACGCUGACGUACUGGUGUGAGUUCAUCGCUGCCUUUCUCUUCUUCCUCAAUGGGAUCAGCGGACUUCACAUCAAUAGCCUCACGCACCCCAGGAACGGGGUAGGCAAAAUCUAGGUGCAAAGAAUGUACCUCCACCUUUGUGUAAUCAGCUUUGCUGAUUAGACUGGAAAAAAAGGGAGUCUAAUGAAGUUUGAAAAGGACACCGUGUCUUAAAUUGUGUGCAAGGAGGGGAAGCAUGAGUCAGUCUUGAUGCCUGUAGAAGACAUACCCACCCACUGGUCAGCGUGGAGAGCUGCG